UUUGAACAUCUCUUCCUAAUUGUGUACCAGCUGUAUUAGUUACGACAUAGAAUAUAUACACAAACCGUGCAGCUGUUUGGGAGUCAUAUAUCCCCCAAUACCGAACAAUAGAAUUAAAUUUAAAUACUUCUUGUAGAUGCGGUUGUACAAAAGAUGGUGAUAGCUAAAAUAUGAACUUUUUUCAUUUUUAUACGCAAUCCAAAGUACAAAUUGUCUUUAGACAUGGCUGGCCAACAGUAACAAUAGGCCUGAAUAGCCUGUUUCAUACGGUUCUUAUUCUUUUCCGAAUGCCAUAUCUAUUAUCCGUUAUAUUACAAACAUUCCACAAACAGAUGUUCAUAAUACACAUUUUAAAUGUAUUAACAUUAGCAGUGAAAUCAGAUGUUUUGGAUGUAUUACAACUUAAAUCCACUCUUGUUCGGAAUCAUAAUAAUAACAACAGCAGCAAAAACAACGGUAAUAAUAACAACAGUUAUCUCGCGGAGACUGUUCGAACCGGUUCUAGCGGUUCGUUCCUGUUACUUUGCGCAAAUCAUUUGUGGUAUUGCCUUCAUCGUGUUGCGUGUGACUGUGAGAAACAAUUCUCGAUCGGUUAACUCCGAUACAUUCCUUGUUUUUCACGCAGACUGAUUAUUUUACAACUUCAACAUCAGUAUUACUAAUGACGGAUAAAAUGAUCAUCAGUGUUCGAACAAACUACAUAAAAACUCUCCUCAGUUUUCUGACCUGUGUCGCCGUAAUAGUCAGUCACUUACAUACGGCUACGGCUGCUCCAUUUCAUUCGUCUAACAAAAAAAUCGACAAAGAAACGGAGCAAAUUAUCAGCAAGAUUGAACCACAGGAACAAGAAUCGAUUUCGACAUACGAUCAACGCCAGAGCGGUCAGUAUAAUAUCAAAGUUAACAUAAAGGAUGUGAAAAUUAUUUUUGCCGAUAAGGACGGAAUUGAAGGCAGUUUAGAUGAUGAUACCAUCUACGAUUAUGGUGAUUAUGAUUACGAUCCUUCCCAUCUUACUGUAAGCCCUUUACCCAUAUUUGGCAUCGGAUCCGUGUCCUUAACCUCCAGCAAACCACCGAAAUCGUCAACGAAAGUACCAUCCUCCACAACUAUUAAGUAUGGCACAAAAUAUACAACAGACAAACCACAGCGUACAACGGUGACUAUUCCUUCUACUACGCCGAUCCAACUUACAUCGACAACAGAAAUCUUCACACCGACUCCAGUUGCCAUCAUGCCGUUGGUUCAAAACCAACCAUUAGAAGCAGAAACAUCAAAUGGUUUAUUAUCUGCUGAUACUUUCGCAGAGAAUCACGCUACAACUGAAAAUAUUCAAACAACCGUCAAGCAUACUCAUACUGGUAAACCUGUUAAAGUACAACAAGUACCACUCUCUGGCCAUUACGACUAUCAGAAUAUACCGGUACAAGUAAUAACUGACCCGUUUUACAAACGUAGCAGCAAAAUCUGAAUUCUGUGCCACACACAAAAUGGACCGAUGCGAUCGGAAAUGUAUUGUGAACCACACCCUACAGUUAACGAUCGGCAACGUAAACAGCUAGCUAAUUCGAAAAUACCCCUAAAUUAAUAAAUUUUAAUCAUUCAGUGAACUGAACAAUUGAA